AUGCUAUAUGGAGAGAGGAACGGCCUUCUUCGGCCAGUCUCUGAAGAGCGCGUUCGAGUGCCGCUGACGGAGGGUGUCGGGCAGAGUGGGGUGCAGGCCAUGAGCGCAGGAGGCUCCGCAGGUCCAGACCCAGCGUCAGCACCGCAGAAGCUGCAGGGCCACGAGAAGGGCCGUCUCUGGGGAGCCCGGCUUCGGGUUCAGAAGUCCAAGCAGUGUGCACUGUACUUUCACGACACUCCGUUGUGUUACUUGGUUUUGGCGGCCUCAGGAAACCAGCUCAACACAUCACAAAAGGAACUCAGAAAGCAAGUGUACACACAGGAUGCAUCCCCCCGUCAUCUUGUUGGCACGCUGUCGCCGGGGGGCACGGAGCGGGUGGAGGAGCUGAGCAAGCGCUCGGCGCGGGGCGGGUCCACGCAGGCGGGAGAGGGCGCAGUGCUGCGGCCCUCACACGCCUCGGGCCACGCCGGCCUCUCCGCUCCCCCGCAGGGAGCGUGGUGGUGUGAACGGCAGAGGUGGGGUGAGGACUGUCCCCUGGACUGUCCCUGGGACCGCUGGCCGGUGGGCCGGCAGGUCAGAGGGGACCAGACCUCGGUGGAGACACAGCCAGCCGAGUCCUCCGAGGAGGAAGGCAUCGUGAAGGAGAUCGACAUCAGUCUCCACGUGAAGGAAGGGUUCGAGAAGGCAGACCCCUCCCAGUUCCAGCUGCUCAAGGUUUUAGGACAAGGAUCUUAUGGGAAGGUGUUCCUUGUGAGGAAGGUCACGGGAUCCGACGCCGGCCAGCUCUACGCAAUGAAGGUCCUUAAGAAAGCCACCUUGAAAGUCCGAGACCGAGUCAGAUCCAAGAUGGAGAGAGACAUCCUGGCGGAAGUGAAUCACCCAUUCAUCGUGAAGCUCCACUACGCCUUCCAGACAGAAGGGAAACUCUACCUGAUUCUGGACUUCCUGCGUGGAGGGGACCUCUUUACCCGGCUCUCCAAAGAGGUGAUGUUCACGGAGGAGGAUGUCAAGUUCUACCUGGCGGAGCUGGCCCUGGCUCUGGACCACCUCCACAGCCUGGGGAUCAUCUACAGAGACCUGAAGCCCGAGAACAUUCUCCUGGACGAAGAGGGGCAUAUUAAGAUCACAGACUUCGGCCUGAGCAAGGAGGCCAUCGACCACGACAAGCGGGCCUACUCCUUCUGCGGCACCAUCGAGUACAUGGCGCCCGAGGUGGUGAACCGGCGCGGGCACACGCAGAGCGCCGACUGGUGGUCCUUCGGUGUGCUCAUGUUCGAGAUGCUCACGGGGUCCCUGCCAUUCCAGGGGAAGGACCGGAAGGAGACGAUGGCCCUCAUCCUCAAGGCGAAGCUGGGGAUGCCACAGUUUCUCAGCGCGGAGGCCCAGAGCUUGCUCAGAGCGCUCUUCAAGCGGAACCCCUGCAACCGGCUGGGUGCUGGUGUGGACGGAGUGGAGGAGACCAAGCGCCAUCCUUUCUUUGUCACCAUAGACUGGAAUAAGCUGUACCGGAAGGAAAUCAAGCCUCCCUUCAAGCCGGCGGUGGGCAGGCCCGAGGACACCUUCCACUUCGACCCCGAGUUCACCGCCAGGACCCCCACAGACUCCCCCGGCGUUCCUCCGAGUGCCAGCGCUCACCACCUGUUUCGCGGAUUCAGCUUUGUGGCCUCCAGCCUGGUCCAGGAGCCCUUGCAGCAAGACACGCAGGCGGCCCCAGUCCAUCCCAUUGUGCAGCAGCUACACGGGAACAACGUCCACUUCACUGAUGGCUACGAGGUCAAGGAGGACAUCGGAGUGGGCUCCUACUCUGUGUGCAAGCGGUGUGUGCACAAGGCUACAGAUGCUGAGUACGCCGUGAAGGAGACGCUGGUUCUCACCCGUACCUCCCGUGGGUCCUGUGGCCCCGCAUCCCUGAGGCCGGUUUUCUUCUCCCCAGCUUGCGUGGGUUUCUUGGACGCUUGCUCAUGGUGGGCGAGCCUCACUCCUGCCCGCUGGGCUUCACCGUGCAUCCGCUCAGCAGCACCGGACGCCGUAGAAGACAGCGGCACCAGCCCCGACGGGGACUCGGUGAGACUCGCUCUGGCUGGUCCUCUGGCGCUGAUCUUCCGACCGAGGCUCCGCGGAGCCCGGGUGCCUCCGGCCGCCCUGCUCACCCCGCGCGCGGCCUGCCGCCUCCAGGUGGUCCACCGGGACCUGAAGCCCAGCAACAUCCUGUACGUGGACGAGUCCGGAAACCCGGAGUCCAUCCGCAUCUGCGACUUCGGCUUCGCCAAGCAGCUGCGCGCGGAGAACGGGCUGCUCAUGACGCCCUGCUACACGGCCAACUUCGUGGCCCCCGAGGUCCUGAAGCGGCAAGGCUACGAUGCAGCGUGCGACGUCUGGAGCCUGGGCAUCCUGCUGUACACCAUGCUGGCAGGCUUUACCCCCUUUGCCAACGGGCCGGACGACACCCCUGAGGAGAUCCUGGCCCGAGUCGGCAGCGGGAAGUACGCGCUCUCCGGGGGAAACUGGGACUCCAUCUCUGACGAGGCCAAGGACAUGGUGUCCAAGAUGCUGCAUGUGGACCCCCAGCAGCGCCUGACCACCCUGCAAGUCCUGAAACACCCGUGGAUCGUCAACAGAGAGCUGCUGUCCCAAAGCCAGCUGAGCAGACAGGACGUCCACCUGGUGAAGGGUGCAAUGGCGGCCACCUACUUUGCCCUGAACAGGACGCCGCAGGCGCCGCGGCUGGAGCCGGUGCUGUCCUCCGGCCUGGCCCAGCGCAGGGGCAUGAAGAGACUGACCUCCACGCGCUUGUAGCCGCCACGGUCACGCUGCCAGCGUCCUCGGCCCUGGGGUGCCGCGCCCGGCCGGCUUGUGGCCCCCGGUGACCUCAGGCACGCACAACGCUGGGCCGGCCUCGCUGUUCCUCUGUGCCCCUUUGGCCUGGACACCCCAGGCCACACCACGUGGACCUGCUGCCUGCUCUCCUUUCCUCCCAGCAAAACCAAAUGGCCACAGUCACCGCACCGUGCCGCGGCCGCGACCCCUCGAGGCUUGGGUGUUCCCUGUCAGGCUCAGAUCCGUGUCAGGAGAUGCCCACCAGGCGU